AGAAGUGUAUCUGAAAACUCACUAGUAGCAAUGGAUUUUUCGGGGCAAAUAGGAAGAGUUAUUGAAAAUCCUGCUACUGCCUUGGAAGAAGGACAUGCUUGGAGGUGUCCAGAGGAAAGUUGAGGGGGAAAGCAGACCCACCAGAACUUUACUACCAGUUUGCAAAACCAGUCUCUGAGGAGGAAUAUGUCAAAUUAAAUGCUUCCCCACAUGGAAGAGGCUGGGGCUCUGACUAAUGGCUUGCUCCCAAAACGUAGCACAAGAAUGAACAUCUUGGGUAGCCAAAGUCCACUCCAUCCUUCCACACUGAGUACAGUUAUUCAUAGGACACAGCACUGGUUUCAUGGCAGAAUCUCUAGAGAAGAAUCUCACAGGAUUAUUAAGCAACAAGGGCUUGUAGAUGGACUGUUUCUUCUCCGGGACAGCCAAAGCAAUCCAAAGGCAUUUGUACUUACCCUGUGCCAUCAUCAAAAGAUAAAGCAUUUUCAAAUCUUGCCGUGUGAAGAUGAUGGACAGAUAUUUUUCAGCCUGGAUGAUGGGAACACCAAAUUCAGUGAUCUAAUCCAGCUUGUUGAAUUCUAUCAACUAAACAAAGGAGUCUUGCCCUGCAAACUCAAACACCACUGCAUCCGUGUGGCCUUAUGACCUCAAAUCUGACUCUCACUGAAGACUGGAUUUGCUAGAAGAGUAAUUGUAAGAGAACGUUGACACUGGGGAAUUGGCAGAUUUGUAAGUUGGUAAAAAUAAAUAAAAGUAUUAUGCACCUUGGGACUCUGAAAGGGAUGGAUUCGACAGGUGCCAACAGACCAAGAUUGCUGGUUUGUCUAACACCUAAGAGUGAUUGCUGCUGAGUGUCCCAGCAUCCCAAAAACGGGGGGAGGGUUAUGUAAAACCAUGAGUAAAUUUGAAACAAAACUGGAAACUAUCUUGGCUGGGCCACUUAACAGGAAAAAGUGUGAAGAGAAACCUUUGAAAAGAACUCUUGCCCUGGAAUAAUCUUGACAAUUAAGACUAGUGUGUUUACUUUUUGUAUUGAUCACUUUUUUUGCACUCCUACUUUUGUUUCGGAUAUUGUAUGCAGCCUAUAUUAGGAGCUGAUGUGGC